AUGCUCGCCUCAACAAUCUCAGCACUCCUCCUCGCCGCGACGGCCUCCGCCCACAUCGUCAUCUCAUACCCGGGCUGGCGCGGCAACAAUCUCAUCACCAACGAGACAUGGCCCUACGGCAUGCAAUGGAACUAUCCAUGCGGCGGCAUGGGCGUGACCAAGAACAGAACCUACUGGCCGACAACAGGCGGCGCCCUCUCCUGGCAACCGGGCUGGUUCCAGGGCCACGCGACAGCCUUCAUGUACGUCAACAUGGGCUUCGGCACCGACGGCCCCGACGGCGGUCCCAUCAACAUGUCCUUCCCCAUGAUCCCCGUCUUCCAGAUCCUCGGCCCCAGCAAGAACCCCUACCCGGGCACCGUCUGCCUCCCGCAGGUGCCUCUGCCCGCCAACACGACCGUCAAGGCCGGCGACCACGCCACCAUCCAAAUCGUCGAGCUCGCCGUGCACGGCGCCUCGCUCUUCUCCUGCGUCGACAUCGAAUUCGCCGAGCCAGGCGACCCGAAAAUCGGCAAGGUCAACGACUCAAACUGCUUCAACUCGCAGGACAUCGGCUUCGCGGACGUCUACACCAUCACCACCAAGGAAUCCGGCCAGGCCGCCGCCGAGGCCGCCACCUCCGGCGCAGAGUCCGGCAGCUCCGUCACAUUCUGGUACAUGGGCAAGCGGCCGCAGAGUGCCUGGGCCGUCUUCAGCUGGGUGCCGAUCGUCGUCGGCGGGCUGUGGGUGUUGUUGUGA